CAUGAUGGCACAAUUAGCUAGAUUUGCCUUACUUUUGAUUGCUUAUUGGGGUCUUGAUACUUCGUGUGGCAGUGAGAAGGAUAUCAGCGAGGAGGAUUACUACAAAAGAUUUCAAAACAUUCCACCCGCUGCUGAAACGGCAAAGAAGCUCUACAAGAACUUCUUCGGAGGGGAAGCCAGGAAAAUCCAAAAACGACAGAUCCUGGGAAAUUUUUUUGACGUAAUUGUUGUCGUUGAUUCAUCCAGCUCCGUUAGCAGUGGAGAAUUCGUGAAAGGAUUGAGAGCUUUGCGAGAUCUUGUGGGGAAAUCACGAAAUGACACAGUCUAUGCCGCCGUUACCUAUGCAACUCAUGCCAAAAUUGAGUUCAACUUCGCCUCGCGUUUCAUCGCAGAUGAAAAAAUUGGCGCCAUUAGGCGCACCGGCGGAAAAACUAACACUCAGGCUGCGCUCAAACUUUGCAAAAGGAUGUACGUUGAAGCUCAAUAUGGCGCCCGGCAAGGAAGCUUUCACAGAAUUCUUAUCGUCACAGAUGGCCAGUCCAAUAUCAAGAGGAACGAAACCAUUCCCAGUGCGUUUGAACUUAAACUGAUGGGAAUUGAAAUAUUUGUAAUCGCCGUAGGAGAAUACCUUGAGGGGAUCAAAGAAUUGGUACAGAUGGCAAGUUCAUCUGAUGCUCACAUGUACCGUGUAUUAAAUAUGAGUGGACUAGUGCAGAUCAUUAAGCUUAUUCCUGAUCAGACAGGGAAAAAAACAUGGAUUGAAGAAAAUUUUGGACAAUCUGAGGGAGACGACGAGGAAUCAAGACCGUUAGGAAGACUUUAAUCCCAAAAGUCGUAUGUACUGACGUUCGAGACCGGUCAUUAUUCAUCUCCUUAGGGGGGGAAGGGUGUGGAGGAUUUUCGUUGAGUCAAGAUAAAAUUAACCUGAUCCCCCUAUAAGGCUUUUUGGCAUCACAUGAUCUCCUCUCACAGGCAUUUAAUUGGCAGUCAAUUUUCUAUAGCUCCCUAUUUAUAUUCUGUUGGCGAUGACAGAUUCCCCACCCUGCUCUCCCUGAAAACCAUGUGAUCCCCUAAAAUCAUCCGCCCUCUUCUCCCUUCCUUAGUUGAUAAACAAUGAUUGGUUCGUCAGUAUGAGACGUAAACUUGAAUGUACAUGUUUAUGUUUUUUGUGUAUGAAUUACAGCCUCAGAGAGUAAUAUUAAGUUCUGUGGGGAUGUGAUUAUGGGUUUUCUAGAAAAAAAAAUUUAUAUUUGGUAUUAUUAUAUAACGACUAAGAAAACAGAGGGAAUGUUACCUUUUACUUAAGGAUCUUAAAGACGUUAUAUCGGCUAAUGCAGUGAAAAAGAUUAGCAUAUGAUAAAUUAAAUAUAAACUAAAAACAAAAAUGUUCUCUUGAUUGCAGUCAUUAGGAAAUAAAACCAGAGUGGUUUCAUCUUGAACUUAUGAAA